AUGCUGCUGUCUACAUGGAGAGAUGACGACAACAGUCGAGAUUGUUGCAAAUGGAAAGGCAUUCAAUGUGACCAUCAAACAGGUCAUGUAACCAUCCUUCGUCUCCGUGGUUCGGACACACAAUAUUUGAGAGGUGCACUCAAUAUCACUUCACUGUUUCCCUUGCAAAAUAUUCAACAUUUGGAUCUCAGCUACAAUGAAUUUAUAGAGAGUCACAUCCCAGAACUCAUGGGCUCAGUUACCAACUUAAGAUAUCUCAAUCUCUCCUAUUCUUCUUUUGGUGGUAAUAUUCCUACCCAACUUGGAAGCCUUUCACAUUUAUUGUCUCUGGAUUUAAGUAACAAUUAUUUUCUCCGUGGAGAUAUCCCUUAUCAACUUGUAAGCCUUACAAAUUUAAGGUAUCUUGAUCUCAGUUAUAAUAAUCUUGAUGGGAAAAUCCCUUGUCAACUUGGAAAUAUGUCACAGUUGAGAUACCUUGGUCUCAGUGCCAAUUCAUUUUCUGGAGCACUCCCUUUCCAGGUUGGGAAUCUUCCUUACUUGCAAACUCUUAGACUUCCUGGUGAUUUUGAUGUCAAACCUAAGGAUGCACACUGGCUGUCUAAUAUCUCUUCUCUAACACAUCUUGCCAUCGAUGGUUUACAUAACCCUGACUGGUUGCAUAUGAUUCAUUAUCCAAAGCUAGGAGAGUUGAGACUAGUUAAUUGUUCUCUUUCAGAUACCCAUAUUCAUUCUCUAUUUUAUUCACCUUCCAACUUUUCCAAUUCUCUUACCAUCCUUGACCUUUCUUAUAAUAUGCUCACAUCCUCAACAUUUCAAUUAUUGUCUAACUUUAGCCGUAAUCUUCAAGAGCUUUAUCUUUCACAUAAUAACAUUGUUUUGUCAUCUCCAGUCCACUCAACCUUUCCUUCUCUUGUGAUCCUUGACCUUUCCUAUAAUAACAUGUCAUCAUCGGUCUUUCGAGGUAUCUUCAACUUCAGUUCAAAACUUCAAAAUCUUUAUUUGCAAAAUUGUAGUCUUGGGGAUGAUAUUUUUCUCAUGUCAGCUAUUUCAAUAACGAAUUCUUCGUCUUCUCUUGCCUCGCUUGAUCUCUCCUCAAAUCUAUUGAAAUCAUCAUACAUAUUUUACUGGCUCUUCAACUCCACUACCAAUCUUCGUAAACUUGAACUUAAUGACAACAUGUUGGAAGGUCCCAUUCCAGAUGGAUUUGGGAAAGUAAUGAACUCUCUUGAAGAGCUUUAUCUUUCACAUAAUAACAUUGUUUUGUCAUCUCCAGUCCACUCAACCUUUCCUUCUCUUGUGAUCCUUGACCUUUCCUAUAAUAACAUGUCAUCAUCUGUCUUUCAAGGUAUCUUCAACUCCAGUUCGAAACUUCAAAAUCUUUAUUUGCGAAAUUGUAGUCUUAGGGAUGAUAGUUUUCUGAUGUCAGCUAUUUCAAUUACGAAUUCUUCGUCUUCUCAUGUCUUGCUUUAUCUCUCCUCAAAUCUGUUGAAAUCAUCAUCCAUAUUUUACUGGCUCUUCAACUCCACUACCAAUCUUCGUACACUUGAACUUUAUGAUAACAUGUUGGAAGGUCCCAUUCCAGAUGGAUUUGGGAAAGUAAUGAACUCUCUUGAAGUUCUUGACCUCUAUGAUAACAAACUGGGAGGCGAGAUUCCAUCUUUCUUUGGGAACAUGUGCACAUUGCAGAGAUUACCGGCAUUCUACCUAUAA